AUACAAAGUUCCAAAUAAGUCAAAACUUAUGACUUAAAAUACACCUUCACCAAUAUCCCAUUCCAUUCUUUUCUAAUAUCCAAAUCCAAAUAAACAAAAACCUCUUCUUUUUUUUUCUUUUCCUAUUCCCAUCUCAAAAAACUCAACACAAAAAAAAAAAAAAAACAAAAAAAUUUUAAAAAAAUAAAAUAAAAAAAUAAAUAGAGAUUUCGGAAUCGUAACCGUAGAAUGUGGAGGUAGUUACGCCUUCACCUCCACCGUGCAUGACCUUCCUCCGCCGUAACCAUGCCUUCAUCUCGUCCUUCCUCCGAUCUAAUCCUCCACCGUCUCUCUUCCUCCGAUUACGAAAUCAAGCUCAAAGCUAUCAGAGAGGUUAAGAAUCAAAUAAUCGGUAACCGCACGAAGAAACUUUCAUACAUCAAGCUCGGAGCUGUUCCCGCCGUCGCCGAUUCUCUCGCUAAAGCAAACGCCGAUUCCGAUUUCGGCUCCAAUCUUAUCGUUCAAUCUGCUGCUGUUUUAGGUAGCUUUGCUUGUGGUGUCGACCAAGGCGUUCGUGCUGUUCUUGAUGCCGGAGCUUUUCCGAAUUUGAUUAGGCUUCUCUCCGCCGUUGAUGAGAAGGUUGUGGAUGCGGCUGCACGCUCUUUAAGAAUGAUUUAUCAGUCAAAACUGGCUCCAAAGUUUGAUUUUUAUAAGGAAGAAAACAUGGAUUUUCUACUUUCACUAUUGAGAAGUGAGAAUGAAAAUCUUACUGGACUAGGUGCAGGCAUUGUUAUUCAUUCGUGUGAGACAAGUGAUGAACAAAAUAUAUUAUGUCAUGCUGGUUCUUUAGAGAAACUUAUUAGUGGUCUUGAUGGUUCUAUAAGCCAGAGAGAUGCUAGUUUAGAGUCCUUAGCUACAAUUCUUAAAAAUAAUCCAGAAGCUGUCUCUAAAUUUGUGGAGCUUCAAAAUGAAAGAGCGUUGCGGUCUGUAAUUGAAUUAACCAAGGACAAAUAUCCUCGGACAAGGUUACUGGCCUGCUUGUGCCUAAUCUGUAUAAAGAAUUCUUCAUCUUGCUAUUUGCAAGACAUAGGAAUCAAAACCAAAUUGAUAUAUAUUUUGCUUGAGCUCCUUGAUGAUUCUGGUCAAGUUGGAGAAGAGUCUUCCUUUGCUUUUUCGAGUUUAGUUGCUGGAAAGGAAGAUUUGCAGAAGUUAGCAUUUGAGGCAAAUGCUAUAGACAAGUUCUACAAUCACUUGCAAAAUUGUGCCUUACAUCCCAAACGUCUUGAAGGGAUAUUUCUAGCACUGGCAGAUCUUUGCUCAAAAUUGGAAUGCUGCAGGUCAAAGUUUAUGUCAUUGCAGGUCUUAAAUCUAUUAAUCAAUGCCUUAACACAUGAUGAAGCCAAUGUGCGCACUGCAGCUUGCAUUUGCUUAAAAAGUGUCUCACGAUCAAUCAAGAGUUUGAGUGCAGGUUAUUUCACGAAUGAAAGGAUUGUCAUUCCAUUGGUCCGGCUUCUCUCGGAUCUUUGCACUUCUGUCCAAGUUGCAGCACUUGGUGCUAUUAGCAACAUAGUGGUGGACUUCACACCAGAUAAGUCAACAAUCAUACAAUGCGGAGGCCUUAAAGAGCUUGUCCAAUUGACAAAGUCUAUGGAUUCGUCUUUAAGGUUGAAUGCUGUGUGGUCCUUGCGGAACAUGGUAUUUCUUGCGGAUAAGAUGUGUAAGGAAGCGAUUUUUAUGGAGUUGACAGUGUCUGCAGUAGCUAGUCUUAUCCGUGAUCCCGAGCCUUCUGUUCAAGAGCAAGCUUUGGCCCUUGUUCGCAAUCUUGUAGACGGAUGUAUGGAUUGUAUUGAAUUUGCUUUUGCUGAAGAUGGUAUCAUACUGGAUGCUGUUGGAAGUCAAUUGCAAAAAUCCUCAAAAAUUGAAAUUGCUAUACAGGGGAUGUAUGUGCUCAGUAAUAUUGCAAGUGGAAAUGAGUUUCAUAAAGAAGCCAUAAUGUCGCUGCUCUUUCCAGAAACAGAAAAUGGAUCUCACUCUUUCUUAAGCCAGUAUUUGCAAAGUACUGACAGCAGCCUACGCACAUCUGCUGCUUGGGUCAUAGUAAAUCUCACUGUUCCUGCAAGUCCUGGUGCAUUUGGCCGGAUUGUAAAACUGCGCAAUUUUGGCAUUGUUUCUCAAAUCAAGAGAAUGGUCAAUGACUCUUGCAUGGAUGUGAAGCUUCAAGCACGACUUGCACUUGACCAGAUUAUUUCUUUUGGUGAUAGUUAAAUCAAUCAGUCAGUUCCUCCAUUUGGAUCCCUUGGGAUGCAGUCAGCGAGAAAUCCUAAUACAGUUUAUUUUCUGCCGUUUUCACACCUUAUAAGUAAUGGGUAUUCUGCCUUCUGCUUCGCUUCCAAUUAGGUGUAUCAGAUUGCUUUUAUUUUUUUGAACCAGUCAGAGCAGUGUAAAGUUUUUCAAUUUUGUAAGCACUCCUGACCCGGUUACCAUUACCCCCCAAAGUCUAUAUUUCUUAUCACUUGCGUUAUGUAUUACUUUUUGUAAGUUGGGAGCUCAGAGUAGAUUUACAGGCUAUAGUAUUGUACCAUAUACGAGUAGUCAGUCAGUGUCAAUUUUAGAACUUAGUUUCAACUUCAUUGUGGUUCUGAUGUAAUGGCAAAUAGUGGAGUUGUACGUGUAAGCAAAGUGCCGAGGGGGUAAUGUUUGAGGGUGUUUCUGGUGUCCAUGCAUAUAUUGUAAUUUGUGUAAACUAUCUUUUGUGGUUCAUAAAUUGGUUGUUCUAUUUUUGGUAAAACAGAUUACUCAAGUUUGUUGCUCAUUUUAUGAGCCUAA